UGGAGGAAAAAAAAAAAGAGGAACGAAACCCUGCUAAGCAGGAUUAGCUCAUACAAAGAAAAUGGACACACGGUUCACUCGAGGGAAAUCCAACAUUUUGGAGCGGCCCCUGACCCGGCCCAAGACAGAAGUCAGCGUGAGUGCUUUUGCCCUGCUAUUUUCUGAGAUGGUCCAGUACUGUCAGAGCUGUGUUUACUCCGUGUCGGAGCUGCAGACACGCCUGGCAGACAUGGGUCAGAGAGUAGGUGCCAGCUUGCUGGAUGUGCUGGUACUGCGAGAGAAGAACGGGAAGAGGGAGACCAAACUCUUGAACAUGCUGCUUUUCAUCAAGGUUAAUGUCUGGAAGUCUCUGUUUGGGAAGGAGGCUGAUAAGCUGGAGCAGGCUAACGACGAUGACAAAACCUACUACAUCAUAGAGAAGGAGCCGCUUAUUAACGCUUACAUCUCUGUGCCCAAGGAGAACAGCAGCUUGAACUGUGCUGCCUUUACUGCUGGCAUUGUAGAGGCCAUCCUCACACACAGCGGCUUCCCUGCCAAGGUCACUGCCCACUGGCACAAAGGCACUACACUAAUGAUCAAGUUCAACGAUUCAGUUAUAACCAGAGAUAAAGCUUUGGACAGCAGAUAAGAAAAACUCGAAGGUUAAAUCAUCCUCGAUUUCUACUGUACAUUUCUGAGCUGCAGGAAACUGAGAUUUGUUGGUCAUCACCUGAAUUUCGUUGUGUCUGCUGAUACGUUAUAGUUGAAUAUUCAGGUUGAUGGAUCUGUGAAUGCUCUGUAACGAGCUUCGCAAAGAGCAGGAAGCAUGAAGAGAGUUCUAUCAACUCUAGAAGUUUCUGUGGAUCAUCUCACUCCUGUUGUACAGCAUGAAGUGGCACAAAUUAUUUUGCCAUUAUACUGUAGAUUUUCUUUUACUUUGUUGGUUCAUUGCACAUAUUCACAUCAUUGCUCAUUCUUUGAAGGUAAAAUAAUAAAGGUGUAGUUUGAUUUUUCACAAAAGUGACAAUUUGCUUCAUGUUGAGCUCUAGUUAUUACAACAUGCUGUUUUUUUCUGUGGCACAUCACAUAAAUCACAGCUAAUUUUAUGAUGAGUAAAGUGUAUUUUGGGGUAUCCAGUGGCAAAUGUGUGAUCACCCUGUGAGAUUUUGCAUACAGUGUGAAAGAGGAAGUGGCUAUGCAAGCCUUGAAGUUCCUGCUGCAUUUGGCGGAAACUGGGAAGUCAGAAUUUCCAACUUACAACUGAAAAAUACAUCUAAUAAAUCUGUGACAAAGAGUUCGUCUUCCCACUGACUCGCUUUGACAACCAACUAAAAAUGUAACUUACUAAUGUUUGUAUUGACAAUGGUUGCAGCAUAUUUGUCAAAUUGACAUGUACCUUAAUGUCACACAGUAAUUUUUAUUUGAAAGCUUUACCCACGAAACUCAUUCCAGGUAAUUUUCCAUUAUCCCUGUUAUUUCUGUUAAAAUGAUUCAUAAUGUGUUUGAUGUGCUGAAUAUAAUCAAAGGUGCUCUCUGGUAACCUUGAAUAAAAAUGUAAAACUAU